GCAAUGGAAACCUGCCUGUCAGCCAGCCUUUAGAGCUAAUUAGCUCAGCACACAACAAAGAUAAGUGAGCCUGCGAGGAGGGCCCCCUGAGGGGUCUUUAGAUUCUGGGAAAUGUCUGAUUGGCAGAUGUUAAAAGGGAUUCUUUGGUAAUCCUGUGCAUCAAUGAGCUGCACAAAUUCAGUCCAGGACUGCAAGAGCUCAGGCAUGAGGACCCUGUGCAGCAGGCUCUCACAGGCAGACCAAGAUGGACAGAACCUUGGAAUCCCUGAGACACAUCAUUGCCCAAGUCCUGCCUCACAGAGACCCAACUCUGGUCUUCAAAGACUUGAAUGUUGUGUCAAUGUUACAGGAAUUUUGGGAAAGCAAGCAGCAGCAGAGGGCUGCGUUCCCCAGUGAAGGUGUGGUGGUGUACGAGUCACUGCCAUCUCCUGGACCCCCCUUUGUGAGUUAUGUGACCCUUCCAGGGGGAAGCUGUUUUGGCAACUUUCAGUGCUGCUUAAGUAGAGCUGAGGCCAGACGGGAUGCAGCUAAAGUGGCCCUAAUCAACUCCCUGUUCAAUGAGCUGCCCUCUCGAAGGAUCACCAAGGAAUUCAUUAUGGAGAGCGUGCAGGAAGCAGUUGCCUCCACCAGCGGCACUUUGGAUGAUGCAGAUGACCCCAGCACCAGCAUUGGAGCCUAUCACUACAUGUUGGAGUCAAAUAUGGGGAAGACCAUGCUGGAAUUUCAGGAGCUGAUGACCAUUUUCCAACUAUUACACUGGAAUGGAAGCCUAAAAGCCCUUCGUGAAACAAAGUGCUCCCGACAGGAAGUCAUCUCCUACUAUUCCCAGUAUUCGCUGGAUGAAAAGAUGCGCAGCCACAUGGCCCUGGACUGGAUCAUGAAGGAGCGGGAGUCACCAGGAAUUCUCUCUCAAGAGCUACGAAUAGCUCUGAGGGAGCUGGAGGAAGCCAGGAAAGCAGGACAAGAACUACGGUUUUACAAAGAGAAGAAAGAAAUCCUGAGUUUAGCCCUGACUCAGAUCUACAGCGAUCCUGACACUUCCCCACCCAGUGAUGAUCAGCUGAGCCUCACAGCCCUUUGUGGCUAUCACUAGCAAGGCCAGGUUCCAACUACCAGAAGUUGGCAGGGGCUAGACUCUAACAGUAGGAAGCUCAUUGAAGGAGGUUGUCAGAGGCUUUAGCACCUAUAGCUAAUACCUGAAGGUUGUACUAAUUCUCCCCACCCAUUCCAUUCACAGAAUCUGAGAGCAGUUAGACCCUUAUAGGACCCAACGUCCCACUUGUUGCUGUUUUCUCAUCACACUCACAAUAGUUCUACCUCAGAAUGAAAGGAUGGAGACAGGGUGGCUUGAAAAAUAUUUUCCAGGGCUGGCUCCAACCUAAGGCCUGGUUGACAUGUGACUUGCUACAUUAUAUAUGUUGUUUCAAAGAAUGGGCAGGUAGCAUUCCCCAAAAGAACAUCAGCUAGGACUGGGGGGAAAGCAUGAUAACAAUUUUCAUUAAAUAAAAGACAUGGAUUGGGAUUAAAUAAAAAAUACGGAUUUCUUUUAAAAAUAUUCAAGGGUCAGAAUUUCUUCCUGAGCUUUAUAAGCUAAGAGAGCUUAUGCUCUACUAGCUGUAAUCCAACACCCCAGUGGGAACUUUAUUUGAACAUCUCACUAUCAAAGAUCUUGAAGUGGUAAUGGUAUGAAAAUGCUAAAAAAAUUUAAUGUGGCUUAAAAUGCUAUUGUGAUAACUUUUUUAAAACCCUAUUGUGAUAAUUUUUUAAAACCCACACUCUUCCACAUGGGGAUAAAUAUAUCACCUACAAUAAAAUCCUCAAGAAUUUCUCAAGAAGAAUUCAUAUCCAAUUUUUAUGAGUCCUGCAGUCAGUCAUGUUCAUUUAUAAUUUGCAAAUAAAUCACUUGAAUUGAUUUGUUUUUAUUUUUGCCAUUACAGUCAUAUAUCUAAAAUGGAGAACGUUAUUGGCAUUUUAAAAGUUGAAACAUUUUGAGAAAUCAUUAGCAUUUAGCAAUGUUUGCAUUUAAUUAAUUUCUCAUGCAUUAGAGAGAAGGAAUCUUUAGCUGCCUUUAUUGUUAUUCAAGAGCCUAAGCCACCAGUAGCUCAACCUAUUGUUAUUUUUAAGUUUAAUCACUGGAAUCUUCUUUAAAGAAGGGAUAGACAUUGCCAUCUCUCUUCGAAAAGGGCUUGGGUCAAACAAAUGAUUAGAAAACCAAAAGCAAAUACACUAAAUUUUAGAUGGUUGGUGGUCACUCGAAGUUAAAAAUGGCAGCACUUGUAGGUAUUACCAUAUUUAUAACAUGAAAAGGAUUAACUUGCAUUUAGUCCAAUAGUUCAAAUUAAAGAAAACAAUUUUCUCGAUUUUAAAUAAGGUUCCUUUUACUUCUUGUUUAGACAAAUGCAAACUAACUUUCUUGAAAGACUAUUAUAAUUACUUUAAGUUUACAAAAAAAAAAGAUACUCCAGCCUUAUAUCUAAAUAUGUACAAAAGUAUUUGACACUCCUUAAAUCCCCAUGAAAACUACUGUGUACUGAUCAUAUAUUUUGGAAUUAGCCAUAAUAAUGAAAAGUUAACUUCACAUACUGCAUUUCCCACACCAGGGGAAAAUUUACCUAUCUGUCCUACACUAAUGUUUUGAAAAGGUAAUACUAUAUAAUAUUAUCUAAAUUUUACUUGAAAAUACUGUUUUAAUAAAAAUCACAUUCCUCCCAGUAAUGAGGCCAAAUGUCACUCACCUAGAAUAAAACUUUAUUCCCAAAAAGGAAUUAGAAUUAAUAUUCGUAAGUUGAAUAAAUUUUGAGAAACUUUCUAUUUAAAGUAAUUUUUUUAUCAAGUCAUUACCCUUUAUACCACUUGAGAAAAGCCACAAUUUCCCAUGUUGAGUGUAAUUAAAGGUAGCUCCACCUUUACUGCAUUUGCAGCCUUUGACAAUGACCACCUCAAGUUGACACCAUCUAAUUAGGUGUGGGAACAGCUGGGAAAAUAUCAAAUUUACUUUCUGCUCUACAAUCAGAAAACUGCACCAACUAUCCCUUGGCCACUAUCAAUUGUUCCUGGCUGGUCACAACUGCCCACUCGUCCUCGAAUGGCGUGGAAGCUGCAGCAAAAGAGCCAAAAGCCAGAUUCCCCCCCACUGCUGAUCCCUCUGAUGUUCAUUUAUAGCAAAUCAACGUGAGCUAAAACAUGAUGGCUGUCCGUACAUCACAGGAACAUCUAUAAUCCUGGCCCAGAGGAGAGUAGGGCUGAAGACCAAGGCGAAAUGUUAUUAGUUUUCCUUUUCUGUACCCUGUUCUCAAUAGCACACUGUGUUGAAGGGGACUAGAGUGGAGGAUUCUCGAUUUAAGUAUAUACAGCUCUGGCUCCUAACUUUCUGUGGUUAUAAGCCCUUUGAAAAGCUGAUAAAAGCUAUGAACCUCUUCCUAGGAAAAUAGAACCAAGUGUAUACAUUUAAAGUUACAUAAACAGUUUCCGAGAGUAUGGGAACCUCCCCAAAUUCCUUGAAUUUCUCUGUCCGAGAAGCCCCGGUUGGGAACUCUUAAUUUGAACACAUGCUUACAGUCUCGUAAACUUUUCAGCAGGAAUCCAACCUAGCUCAGACAUAGUCCCAUGGAGCCUGCUUCUGAGAUAAAAGCCAUCAUCCUUAAAUACAAAAUCGCACUGGAUUUAGACAAGAGAUAAGUUUAAUUUUCUCAAACAGCUUAAACUAGUCACUAAACUUGUGUGAACGUAUCAGAAUAUAACAGAUCUAAUAAAGUCGUUGUUCCUCUAGUGA